AUGGCUCCACAGACCAGCCCCAGUGAGAAGGGGACGGGAUCUGUUCCGGCCUUUCCACAGCUUUUCACCUGGGAAGAGAUCGGGAUCCGCAACGGGCGCGGGCAGGGCCGGGAGCAGUGGCUGGUGAUCGACAGGAAGGUUUAUGAUGUCAGCGAGUUUUCCAAGAGACAUCCCGGCGGCAGCCGUGUUAUCAGCCACUAUGCUGGGCAGGAUGCCACGGAUGCCUUUGUGGCUUUUCACAACGACAAGUCCCUGGUGAAAAAGUACCUGAAAUCUCUGCUGAUCGGGGAGCUGGCACCAGAUCAGCCCAGCUUUGAGUCUAAUAAAAAGAAAUCCCUCUUGGAGGAUUUCCGUGAACUGCGCUGCACCAUUGAGAAGAUGGGACUCCUGAGACCCAAUUACUUCUUCUUCUUCCUGAUUUUCUUUCACCUCCUGGUGCUGGAUGCUGCAUCCUGGCUCGUGCUCUGGUACUUUGGCAUAUCCCUGGUGCCUUUCCUGGCUGGCAUGGCGUUCUUCACCACUGCCCAGAUCCAGAUGGGCUGGUUCCAGCAUGAUCUGGGGCACUGCUCUGUCUUCAGGAAGCCCAGGUGGAAUCAUCUCCUACAGAUCGUGGUGAUAAACCUGCUGAAGGGGCUGCCUGCCAGUUGGUGGAACCACCUGCACAACCAGCACCACGCCAAGCCCAACUGCUUCCGCAAGGACCCCGACCUCAACAUGCACCCUCUGCUCUUCAGCCUGGGAAAGAACCUCUCCGUGGAGCUUGGAAAGCAGAAGAAGAAGUUCAUGCCUUACAAUUACCAGCACAAGUAUUUCAUCUUGCUGGCCCCGCUCGCCCUCAUACCCUUCUUCCAGCUGUCAAUAUUCUACUAUGCAAUCAAAAGGAAAAAGUGGUUGGAUCUGAUGUUGGUUGUGGCUUUCAACAUCCGAGUCUGCCUCAUGUACGUUCCUUUAAUGGGAUUUAAAAGCUUCAUGGUGUACUACUGGCUGUCCAGGUACCUUGAGAGUACCUGGUUUAUUUGGGUGUCCCAGAUGAAUCACAUCCCAAUGGACAUUGAUUAUGACAAAAACAAAGACUGGGUGUCUACUCAGCUCCACGCAACCUGCAACGUGAACCAGUCUGUGUUCAAUGACUGGUUCACUGGGCACCUGAACUUCCAAAUCGAGCACCACCUGUUCCCCACAAUGCCUCGGCACAACUACUGGAAAGUGGCUCCCCUGGUGAAAAGCCUCUGUGACAAGCACGGCAUUGAGUACAAAAGCAAGACUUUGCUGACAGCCUUUGAAGAUAUUUUGCAUUCCCUGAAGGAUUCUGGGGAGCACUGGCUGGAAGCAUAUCUGCAUGGAUAG